AUGAACAAAAUUCACCCCCAGAGGAAUGGUGGUGUAGCUACUUGGGGCUCAACAAAGUCCUCCUCUGGAGAAAGAGGUCCCUGCCGUCCAUGUGGUUCCUGCACCAGCUGCACACGGAGGCGUAUCUGCAUCUGUGCCAUAGCACUGCUCAUCCUCUUAGCUGCUGUGGGCAUGGGGGUGGCCCUGGGACUCCUGCCACGGGCACCAGUGAACCGUUUCUGCACAGCCUCCAACAACCAGACAGGCUUCUUGUGUGAUGACAGAGCGACCUGCAUCCCUGCCAGCCAGGUCUGUGACAGAGCCAGCAACUGCAGGGACGGAGAGGAUGAGCAGGAGAAGCUCUGUGGUGACUUGCCCCACAGCCUCCCAGGAUACCUGGUUUUCCACUGCAGUAACCCCACGUCCUGGGUCUAUGCUGAUCAGAGGUGUAACGGGAUGAACGACUGUGGAGACUGCUCUGAUGAGAUAGGGAGCUUGGCCUCCUGUCCCCUGUGUGGGUGGGAGUGGUGGAGCUGCAGCCCUGUGCACUAUGAGUACUGCUCCUGCAUCCCCAGGAGGCUGUGCCAGGAUGGCAUCCAGCACUGCCUCGGCUGGUCCGAUGAGUACAUCUGCAGGCCAUGA